GUGUCAUCGGAACAAAAGCGAACAUGUAGAAGAAGAAACGCUGCGAAAAUAGCAGACAGAAAGAAUCGUAAGAAAAAUACUUUGAAUUUUGCUGCAUCGCGAAUGGCUUCUUGUUUCAAGUGAAGAAAAUCUAGUGCUUUUCCCUCUGCGGUGCUCUUGGUGUUGUGAACCGUGCGGUUCCUUGGGGGAGUGAUCAGUGGCAUCAGUGUAUAAAUGAAGGAGACGCCAUCCUCCGGUGGAACGAUGAUCAGCCAGGUAACAGUGGAGGCGCUUCAUUCGGCCACCUACGUGGAAAACUAUUUGGACUCGGUGGAAAACCUGCCGGACGAUGUCCAGCGGCAUCUGUCGCGGAUCCGGGAAAUCGACGUGCUGUACCGGAACCACCUGCGGGAUGUGAGCGUGUACUACGAACAGUGGAGCAACAGCACCAACAAUGGAACGAACCAGUUGAAUGGUGGUGCUGGUACGGGGGGAAGUGGAGGCGGUGGGAGUGAUUCGUCCUCGACGACGCCAGCGACGGAACCGGUCAGUAAUGCCACCAAACGGGCCAUUGCACGGAUCCAGCAGGGGCUGAUUGCGGCUCAGGAACUGGGCGACGAGAAGCUGCAGAUUGUGCAACAGCUGCAGGACAUGAUUGACCACAAGACGCGUCAAUUGGAUCAGGACUUCAAGAAUCUGGGAAGCGAUUUCUUUUCGAGAUUGGACUACAAUCGAGAGGAGAAGGUGACGGAAGGUCAACAAAAAGAAAUACGUUCCAACAGCCCCGGAACUGCAUGUUCACCAAAUAGUGUAAAUGCAUCUCCGGCCAUUUUUUCCUCGAACGCCGGCAAUGGACAGAGCGCCGCUGGAGGUGGUACAAACGGUGGCAAUGGUUCGUCAGCGAACGCCACAGGAGGAAAUUAUUCCUCCAACAGUGGUAGUAAUAAUUCCGGAAAUGGCAAUGGUUCUGGAGGAAGUACCAGCAGUGGAAAUGGUGGGGGUGGAGGAGGAGGCGGGGGUGGCGGCAGUGGAAGCGGAGCAGGAUCUGAACGUGGAUCGAAGAGAGCGCGUCGUACCCGCAACGAGCAGAAUAGUGGCAGUGCCAACGGUUCCAGUACUCCGAACUCCACAUCCGGAAUGCCGAUGGAUAUUGAUCCGAUUGACACGAGCAAUAUCAAACAGGAGGUGGGACUCGGAAGUGGUAGUGGGCAAGCAUCGGGAAGUGGUGCCAGUGGCAGUGGAACCGGAGGCAAAAACAACUCCGGACAGUCGAAUAAUAGCAGCGGCCAGGGCAAGAAGGGUAACGCCGGAUCGGGUAAGAAGAAGAAACGAAAGACAGGUCGGGGACAAGCCCGGGAAGCACGAGAGGACACUCCCCCGCCAGAGGAAACCAUCGAUCCGGAUGAGCCGACGUAUUGUUUAUGUGAUCAGAUCUCCUUCGGCGAGAUGAUCCUGUGUGAUAACGAUCUGUGUCCGAUCGAGUGGUUCCACUUUAGCUGCGUGGCACUCAUGUCCAAACCGAAGGGCAAGUGGUUCUGUCCGAACUGCCGGGGCGACCGGCCGAACGUGAUGAAACCGAAGGCCCAGUUCCUGAAGGAGCUGGAACGGUACAACAAAGAAAAGGAGGAAAAAACCUAAAAAAAAAUCGAAGUGGGAGCGUUUGGCCGAAACUUUACUUCUAUGUAACUUAUUGUAUUUUUUUUUUCUUUUACCGUUUUAUUUUUGCUACAUUCGAAUAAGGGCUACAAUAAUCAAUCCAAGAAUCACUUCUUGGAUAAUUGUAUAGAUCUUUAUUUUUUCCUAAAAAUGUCAUGCAAGUUAAAUCCCUUUAUACAUUUGUUUUUGCAAAUCACGUCAGAGCAUUAGGGAUAAGAAUUGUUCCACUUUCUUUCCUAAUCAUUUUAUUAGAUGACUUUUUACUUAAGACGCAUAAAUAUUAAGAUUUCUUCUUAAGUAUGAGAUACAAUUUUUAUUUCCAUGGGGUUUGAGAACGUUGUUAUAAUGAGAAUAACUUCAUCCGAGUAUGAUUGCCAUUUCAUUCAGUUGAAAAUCGUUGUAAACAGUUUAUUUUUUCUUCAAAAACAAUUAUUAAAAAGAAACGAAACACAUCUGAUAGUAUAUUUGGUGAGAGAGACAAACAACAAAAAUCUUACAUUUAUGGAAAAUAUUGUAUUGCGAAAUUAUAAGAAAAAAUAAAACCGAUUUGACUUCAA